AUGUCCUCUGUCAAACCAAGUGUGACCAAGCGCGCCUGCGACGGUUGUAAGAUUCGAAAGAUCCGCUGUGGCGGCGGUCAACCUUGCCGGUCCUGCGUUAAGGCCAAAAUCAAAUGUACUUAUGUCCGCGUUCAACAAUGUCGAGGACCGAGGCGAUUGCGCUCGACGACGCAGUUCCUGAUCGAGCAAGCGCAGGUUGGUGGCGAUAGCAAUAACUGCGAGGCUACGCACCGCUCGACUUUAGCAAUGCUUGAGAGGCUUCACCCGAAUAUUACGCCUGCGUGUCCGGCCACGCACAUGGAAAGUUCGCGCAUUCCUCUCGAUACACUGACGUCUCCGCUUUCCAUAUACCACGUGCGCAUGUACCCGGUUUGGCCGAUUGUCAACGUCGAAGAGAUGGUGUCCGUCCUUCAGCAGGACGCUGGUCACAGUGAUGAUGAGGCCUAUGCAUUGUCGACUGCAGUAGCAGCAGCGACAAUAGCUCAACUACGACUGGAGCAAGCUUCCAGCGCCCAGCAGACGAUCACAGCCGAGACGUUCGCAGCGGAAUGCUUGCGCGCUCGGAACUCAUGUCAUUAUCGGUCCCAGGUAAACCUAAACAGUAUCCGGACGUCCUUUUUUCUGCAUGUGUACUAUGAAAACCAAAAGCCCGGUGGGAGCGAAUCUCUGCUGCACUUACGAGAAGCGAUUUCCAUGGCUCAAAUAAUGGGUCUCCACCGAGAGUCCUCUUACAAUUCUUUGUCGUUCGAGGAGGAACAGCUGCGUCGGCGUGUCCUUUGGCUACUCUUUGUCACAGAACGGUACCCAGUCACAUUGAAAACCAAUAUCUCGGCCCCGGUGAUUGACGAAAACGACGAAUCCCACGUUCUCCCCGCCUUCCUCAAGCUCCUCAGUCUCUUUCAAAUCUUCGAGAAAUCAGGGAUGUUCGAUAUCAUCCAGGAUGAACACUCGGAGCUACAGCCAGGUACGAAUAGUGUGGGACGUGUCGAUUGGCCCUUCCUGGAAGGUCUUCAACGGAAUCUGCAGGACGGAUCGACGCUUUUCGAGCGUAUCUCAGACGUACAGAAGGCGGACUUGUGCGUUACUCGGCACUGGAUGCGAAUGAUUCUAUGGAAACUAUCCCCAAAACGCUAUCUGGGGUCUUCCCCAUCCGCCGACCGGUCCAUGUCCCUCUGCUUCCCACUCAACGUCGCCAAGGAACUAGUGAGCAUCGUCUCGCAGCUACCUCGGUCCGCAGUCGAGGCGCAUGGUUUGGGCAUGGAGCUCAAGAUUUAUGAAAUUGCUAAUUCCCUGGCCGAUGCCAUUACGGAUCUCGCUGCGCUGCCAUUUUCCCCCGAAUGGGAUGGUGAGAGUCGUCCAAAUUAUAUAUUAUCACGUCUCCACGCGAUAUUGUCAACGUUUCGCGGUGGGGGGAACAAGAAAUUGGUCGAUGUUCUCUACCAGAAAAUGGCAGAGGUACAGGUCAUCAUCGGACCCUCGUUAGCAACGCCUCUUCGAAACCCAGGGAGCAGAAAGCGCCGGCCGUCCCCCACGGAAUGCGAAGAUAGCCAACAAAUGCAUCGGAUUACUGAGUUGACCAAUCAUGAUUCUACAAUAUCCACCUGUUUAGAUCCACUUGCUUAUCCGUGCGACGCGAACGACUUGACCUACGCGUCAGUUUGUGAUAUGUCCUUUGCAAGUCAAGGGGAUGGUGAUCAGAACCAAGUCCCACAAUACCCGGAUGUAAACAAUCUGUUUCAUCCUACCUAUAACGAGACGACAUCCGAUUUCCUGUUUGACCCAAGUAGCGUAGUCAUUGAACCACAGGAAAUGGCACCUUUGUCACCCAUCUGGUCGUCUUUUAUGCCGAUGAACGCAAUCACGGAGGACAUAGCGUCCCAGAUCCUACGAGCCUCAACCCAGGAUAUUCUCUUUCCUGGCGCUGACUUCCCGAACUUUGCUACAGGCACUGAUUUUGUUGGUCUCUACUGA